AUGCAUUUUGACUUGACAGAAUACGCUCAAGUGACAAAGAUGCUCGGAAAUGGUCGUCUGGAAGCAAUGUGCUUUGACGGUGAGAAGCGACUGGCUCACAUUCGAGGGAAGAUGCGGAAAAAGGUUUGGAUCAAUCAAGGAGAUAUCAUCUUAUUAUCAUUGCGAGAUUUCCAAGAUGACAAGGCAGAUGUAAUCCAGAAAUACACCACUGAUGAGGCUAGGAAUCUGAAAGCAUAUGGUGAAUUACCAGAAAAUGCAAAGAUCAACGAGACAGAUACCUUUGGGCCUGGUGAAGAUGACGAGUGUAAUUUCGAGUUUGAAGAGGUAUCCAUCGUAAUCUUCGCGGCCAUGCAUAUCCUCUGA